GCCCGGCGGGGCCCGGGCUCGGCAGCCCGGGGGGUACGGCCAGCGGCAGCCGGGCAACGCGAGGGGCCGUCCCGCUGCCGGUUGUGGGAAGCGGCUUUUGGCGGAGCGUGGAGCUUCACCUGGCCCGGAGGGUCCCCGGCGGGGAUUCCCCUCAGCCCGCUUCUUUGCCUUUUUUCUGUCUUUCUUUCUUUUUUUUCCUCACCCCUCCACCCCACCCCCCUCCCGGAGCAUUGCGAACGGGGUAUUUUCUUCGGGGUAUAAAGCUGAGAAUAGACGGGAGGAGAGCUUCAGAGCUUCACCUCGUUGCCUCAUCCCUGUUCGCAUGCGAGCCUCCUGCAACAUCUCCUUCCUCCUGCUCCUCUCACCUGGCCGCCUCUGCCCAGAUCAUGUCCGCUAAGCUCCUGCUGGUUUUCCUCCUCCUCUCAGUGUUCCACGCCCGUUCCAGAAAGGUUGAAGAGGAUGAAUAUGAAGAUGGAACAACCAACCAAAAAUGGGUUUUAGCUCCAAAAACACAAGACACAGAUGUGACCUUGAUACUAAACAAGCUGUUGAGAGAGUAUGACAAAAAACUACGGCCUGAUAUUGGAUUAAAACCAACAGUUAUUGAUGUUGACAUUUAUGUCAACAGCAUCGGUCCAGUAUCGUCAAUAAAUAUGGAAUAUCAAAUUGAUAUAUUUUUUGCUCAGACGUGGACAGACAGCCGCCUUCGUUUCAACAGCACCAUGAAAAUACUGACUCUGAACAGCAACAUGGUUGGUUUGAUCUGGAUCCCAGACACAUUUUUUCGUAACUCCAAGACAGCUGAUGCACACUGGAUUACCACCCCAAACCAGCUCCUCCGAAUAUGGAAUGAUGGCAAGAUCCUGUACACCCUCAGGCUUACCAUCAAUGCUGAGUGCCAGCUGCAGCUACAUAACUUCCCAAUGGAUGAACACUCCUGUCCACUGAUAUUCUCGAGCUAUGGCUACCCUAAAGAAGAAAUGAUUUACAGAUGGAGAAAAAACUCAGUGGAGGCUGCUGAUCAGAAGUCUUGGAGACUCUAUCAGUUUGAUUUUAUGGGUCUCAGAAAUACUUCAGAAAUUGUGAACACCUCUGCAGGUGAUUAUGUAGUCAUGUCUGUUUACUUUGACUUAAGCAGAAGAAUGGGUUAUUUCACUAUUCAGACUUAUAUUCCCUGCAUCCUGACUGUUGUUCUUUCGUGGGUUUCCUUCUGGAUUAAAAAAGAUGCCACACCAGCAAGAACAGCAUUAGGGAUCACUACAGUACUGACCAUGACAACUUUGAGCACCAUUGCAAGAAAAUCAUUACCCCGUGUCUCCUAUGUCACCGCUAUGGAUUUGUUUGUGACUGUAUGCUUUCUAUUUGUAUUUGCUGCUCUGAUGGAGUAUGCAACCCUCAACUACUACUCUAGUUGCAGGAAACCAAACUGUACUAAGAAGAAAAAGUCGCUACCUGAUGUCAGUUUUGGUCAUGUGAUGAAUUAUUCUGUACUUGAUAUGAGACCACCAACUACAGUCAUCACAUUGAACAAUGCCAUGUAUUGGCAAGAAUUUGAAGAGGCAUGUGUCUAUGAAUGUCUGGAUGGGAAAGACUGCCAGAGUUUUUUCUGUUGUUAUGAAGAAUGUAAAUCAGGCUCAUGGAGGAGAGGACGGAUUCACAUAGACAUCUUAGAACUGGACUCUUACUCUAGGGUCUUUUUUCCUACAUCCUUCCUGCUCUUUAACCUGGUCUACUGGGUUGGAUACCUCUAUCUUUAAAAGUUGCCUGUAGUGGUGAAGACUGCUGUGUUUUCACACUGAGGAAAGAUGGUGAAAGUGCAGCAAAAGUGAAGGACAUGGUCAGUUUCAUCCCAAAUUAUAAAGGCCACAUUAACCUUCACCAUCACAGAGUGUGAUGAAGAAUUUUAAUUGCCUAAAAAAGAAAAAAAUGGAAGAAUUAUCUCCUUACUGCUAUUCAUUUUAAGGGAAAGAUUCUUAAAAAUUCAGCUGAAUUUGUAGUGUAAGCAAUGUUUAUGAAUAUUUAUUGUAUAUUAGAAUUCUUAUUAUUCUCCCUUGACUUAGAAGCUAUACACAGUUCAGUCAAAGGUUAAGUAUGUCAUUUUUGUUCUUCAUUCCCAUAGUUUCUUCAAAAUGCUGCCAUAUCCCUGAGGCUCAGAGCAACACAGAGUGGCACUAGCAAAUAUGCUAAAGCCAAUGAAACCACUCAUUUGUAUUUAAACUGACUUCAGUUCUGGGAAAUAUUUUCUUGAUGAUCUCCUUACAAUAGAGAAACCAUCAAAAGGCGGUAACAUAUGUCUCUUUUGAGAUCAAAAUAGAGAAGUUACUUUCUGCAAAGGUCUAGGAAUCGUAGAAUUAGCUGCUUACUUACAUGAAUUUGUUUUAAUUUGAGGUGAAAAUAUCACAAAUAUUUUGAUAUAAAUAAAAGACUUGCCUAUCUCUGAGGCAGCUGAAGGCAUAACUUCUACAGUUUUUCAAGUUUUUAACUGUCUUUUUUAUGUCUGGUUAAACACAGGAUGGUCAUUGAUUUCUAAAGUACUUGUACUUGAAGCAGGACAAGAUCCUUCUUGUUUAUGUCAUUGUAGCAGAUCACAGUUGAUAGGCCAUGAGCGAAAAUCGCUAUAAUAGCACUGGUAAUGCAUCACUUUCUUCAGAUUGAAGUGUACUAAAAAGUGCCCUCAUUCUAAUGCAUUCUUAUUUUUCUCUCAUUAUUAUUUUAUAAAACUAAAAAACUGAAAAAAAAAAAAAAAAAAAAAGUUGCCAAAGGACAUUUUUAUUUUUUCCAUAAAGUUAAAUAUUGCAGACCUGGAUCUGACCUGAAGAUUGAAUACUUUUUUGAAAAUUUAACUGUUGCCCUUGGAUCAAAGGUGGAGUAGUUGCCAUAUGUAGCAGAGGUUGAAAGGAUUCUUCCUGAACUACCAACUAGAUUUUAGUCUAGAAACUUUGCAUUCUUCAACCUUCUGAUCAUUAAAUUCUUAAAAUGCACAUUUUUUACAAAAAAAAAAAAAAAAAAAAGAAUAUUGUUUUUUGUUGUCAAACUGAAUUGCUUCUUUUACAGGCUGUCUCAAUAAUUGUUUUUAAGCAAAGAAAACAUUUAAAAAUCAGUAAAAAGGACUUUCAAUGGCAAAUAGUUAUAAAUGGUUAAUGAUAAAAUAUACCUAAAAACUAAAUUGUUUUUUUCUCUUUUGAAAGACUUGAUUUUUUUUUUUCUCACCUCAAAAGAAAAAAAAAAAAGAGAGAAGCAGAUUUGAUUGAAAAGCUUUUCAUUUUCUCCUUUGAAGGAAAACAGAAAUGCUGUCAUGUUCUUUGGAACAUCAGUGCCUGUCAGUGCUGUUUCCUUAUGUUUCCAGCGAAUUUUAGUGGAGAAAAAAAAAAUACUAAUAAGAAAGAUAAAUGUGUUUUAUCUUCUGUUUUUCAUUUGUACAAAAAAUCAGAAACUAGAGAUGGGUUUAGAUGGGGGAAGGGAAACACUUCUCCAAAGACUGAAAGCAAGAGAAGAAAAGAGAAGAAAUAUUUGUGGGCAUUAUCAAAACCUUACUCUAUGAAACAUCUGAUCACCUGAUUUCAAAAUACAUCUUGAAUCUUUUGAUAACUGUCAGUAGCAAAUUACUCUGUAAACCUAUUAACCUGUAAUCCUCUGUGUCCUGCAUUUUAAGUGUGGCUUUCAUUGAAGGAGAGUUACAUUUUCAGUAGUGCUAGGAGGCAAUUAAACUGAAUUUGUAUAUCCUGGUCUUUAAUUACAAUGUAAUCAAUGACAGCAACUUUUGGUUGUAUUUUACAAGAAUACCUGGAGUACCUCAAGCCAAAAUAAGAGUUUGGAAACACUUAUCCUUUGGGGACCAGAUCCUGCAAAACCUCUCCACAGUCAUUUUAUUUUGGUGGGAGUGUUUAGACAGAUGAGAUGUGUGAAGGUAGGUUCCACCAUUAAGUCUUCGAUAGAUUAAGUGAGGUUUAUUUAUUUAGUUAGUUAGUUAGUUGUAUAUCUGAGUGACUGUCCCAGGAGUAAGUGUAGAAGUGAUAUGUUCUCAUUUUUCUUUGUACUUCUGCUCAAAUCUAUUAUCUGCUCCACCUAAAGGAACACAGUCCUGUCAAAACCUUAGUUGAAGGACUAAGGCUUAGUCCAUUUAUAUUACCUCCACUUUCUGACCGCUUUCAUAAGCAGAACUUGAAAGCUUAUCACUCCACUUUUUUCAAUACACCAACCCAAGAAAGUCUCUACUGCCACUUUUGGUUUCCACUGCUAUACUGGCAGCAAAAGACAUCUUCUACUUUGCAAUAUAUUUUCCUCCAUGGUUAAGUUAAAUAAAUAAAUAAAUAAAUAAAUAAGUAAAUAAAUAAGUAAAUAAAUAAAUAAAUAAAUAAAUAAAUGGAGUGAUUGUUGGAUGUAAGCUGGCAGGUUUCAGAAUAUGUCAGCUUACUCCUUGCUUGAUCUACUCUCUCUGCUUUACUGCUUUGUGCUUUGGCAGCCAUUGAGAAAAGAUUAGUUUUCUAGGUUCUGCAUCAUUCAAAAUACAAUUAUUCUAGAUGUCUAGAUAAUGUAGUCUGCAUACAUCUGUGUGCCAUGCCCUUCUGUAAUAGUAAGGAAUACCCUCAUUAACCUCCAGAUAUUCUUUUGCUUCCUUUGCAAAUUGAAAAAGAUUAUCGCUUCUGUGCACUGUCCCAUGGGAAAUAUACAAAAUACCUUUUAGCCUUUUAGAAUGUUUUCUUAUAAGAUGACUUCAUAUUCAAGACUUGCAUUUAUUCAGAUGCUUCUUUUUUGUUAUUUAGUUCUUUUCACUCUUCUAUGGUGGAGAAGGGAACUUGUUUAGGUAGUAUGUAAAACCACACUACAUUCUUUCCUUUUUGAAGUUACAGAAAAGUUUGUGAGGUUUUUUUAAUCUUGUCUCACUGUGUGAAAACCAGCUUUUCCCAGGAAGGUGAGUAAAAGUAAAAUCAAGCCCUUUAUUUCUCUCCUUUCAAUCAAAAAUUGAUUGACAUUUAUUUCCUGAAUUAAAAGCUGCAUUUUCAAGUCAAUUGAGAAUAUAUAAGUGUUCUGCUUAACUCAGUUUUAUCUGUUUUGGCCAGGAUGUCUACCAUGCUGAAAUCACCUUCUUUUACAGACAUUCUGACAGGAAUAAUCAUAUAACAACUAUCAGACAGUUUAUGCUGUCUCUGUGUCCAACAGUACUGUGGAACUGAAGUACUGAAUACAAUUUUAGCAUAACUUUCUAAUCAAGAACUACAGCUGUAGAUUAAAACACAUUAAGCUCUUAAUCAAACUUAUGUUCUCUUUCAGAAGCUCCUUCCUUCCAUCAUGAACACUUGCUUGUAUGUUGGGUCAAUAAAAAUGAUUAAAACUACAGCUGGAGGAGUCCUAAAGUCCAGGAAUGUCCAUAAAUAGCAAAGGAAAAACAUGAGGAAGAGAUUGCUUUUCAUUGCUGUGCAGUCAUCUAUCCCACUCCUCUUAUUCAGCUCUUUACACCACCUGCCACAGAGUAAUUCUAAAUCAUCCACCUGGUAGACUGCAAUAUUCAUCAGCUAGAACCAUAGUGACACAACGAGCCUCUAGGUGAUCAUAUUUAUGGUAGUGGAAGCAUCUUACCACACAUCUCAGAUAACUAUCUCAAACACUUCUACAGCUCUAACAUGAUUCAAAGCCUAAAUUCUCCUGUUGCUGCAAGAAUUUAUCACAUUUCACCUUUCCCAAUCCCUUCAUGAUCUAGGGAAGUAUCUAGGAAGACCACCUUUUUACCUUCAAAUGCAAGAUGGCAUUGGAAAGACUGUAGUCGCUGUAUUGCUGGCUGGGAGAAAUUAAGAUUGUAAAUGUUUUAACACAAUUUUUUUUUUCAACUUCACAGUCUGGACAGUUGCUGUUGUCUUCUAAACUGUAAAAUAAAGUACUCACUGCAACUCA